AUGAACGAAGGGGCUACGUCGGUAGGAGUCCUCGACAUAGCCGAACUGAAUAGAGACAGAGGAAGUAGGAGCAGAGGCAAGAAGGAAUCGCACUCACCUGUGGUCAGUGAUCCAGAAGAGGCAGAAACCUUCCAUGAUGAACUAUCCGAGCAGCGCGAAAACCAAAACUGUGGAGAUAUGAUUUUUGAAGGUGACGAACCCGAGGAACGAGGAGACCACGUUGUUGGAUGUGAUUUUGAUUGUGGGACAGUCGAUGUAAUAUGUGGUAACUUUUAUCCAUCUGUCGAGGUGGGAGCGAACGAAACUGCAACUGUCCUAGAUUCAAGUCAUUUAAGGCCAAUAAGCAGUGAACCACCACAUCUUCAUGAACCAGCGCAUGCAACUGCUUCCGAUGAAAAAAUUUUUCCUGAAACUCUUUUAAACGAGAAGACAAGUGGGAAACCAUCAUGGACUCAGCAAGAGGAAGAAAUGGUCUCGGUUCCCGGUGCCGGUUCUUCUACAUUCAACCCCUUGAUUCAGGGGAAGCCUUGUUAUACAGUGAACCAUCUUCCGGCAAACACGUUCUUCAAUAGUGGUCGCACAUCGAUGUUUGGAGAAGCAAGAUGUGAUCUGCACCCCUCAAACAUGUCUGGUUAUGCCUUGCACCCAAAUGGCAUCCAGUUACCUAUUCAAGCGAAUCAUCGAAAAGGAAUCAUCUCAAUGAAUCCAAAUCACAUACCCCACCAGCAACAUCAUGAAUACGGACGCCCAGACGCAACAAUGCCUUAUCUCACAUAUCCACCGGUGCCAACUACUAGAAGCAUGCCUCCACCCUAUCUUGGCGAUGGAUUUCCGUUCAAUCAGCAAAUUGGCGCUAAUCACCAAAUCUCCGACUUGAAUUCGAAUGUUCUUCCUUAUCAAAUAGGGCAACGACGGCAGGAAGGGUUUGGAUGCCAAGCGAGUUAUGUAGUGACACCUGCUCCAGCUCCAAGUGCCUUUGAUCCUGUGCGUGAUUUCACGCAAUUAUCUUUACGGCAAGACGUUUUCCCAUUGCAACAGCAAUUACGUGCCUCGUUUCCAACUGAACAGCCGUCAGCGUUUUCCUAUGUUAACCAACGAUCCAAUGGCGUACCACCACCAGCCCCUCAAUAUCACGUUCCAGUCACAUCGAACAAGACCUCCAUAGCUGAUACGGCACCACGUCCACAGGAUGUCACUUACGCGAAUGACGGAGGUCGAGCUCUGAACCCUUUAGGUUUCCAACCAUAUUUCACUCCAACGCCAUCUCAAGCUGUUACCAGUAACAAUUCACUCAAACCUCGAAAUGCUUGUGUCGACGGAACCGAGCGAAGAGAUUGCUGUCCACCUGCACUGAGUCCAACUACAGGACCUAUCCAGGAGCGGUCCUACGUUCUCUUAGCAUCUUCUAUGACGUCACCGAACGUCACAAAAGUAGAAGACGUUGUAGUCUUCAGAGCUCCCCGUCGGUUUGGGAUGAGCUUGAUGAGGAGUGCACGGUGUCCAAAUCUUGGUAAUAACAUUGCUGGAACUCCAUUCGAAAACCCCGAUCGAAUGGCUGCACAUGCCACUGGAUUUACUUUACCAACCAUACGAAGAUGUUCUGAUCGGAUGGAAUCGGUCCCACACUGUACAUAUCGUCCAGGAUCACUGCCCACGGAUGAUGAACUUUCCAAGUUGUCGUUGACAUUCGCCGAUGAGCCGUGGCUUGCUCCUUUGAAAAAUCGAUGUCAUUACUCUGCGUCCCGAAAGAGAACGAAAAAACCUUCACCGCCUUCUCCAGUCAGCUUGUCCGAAGUAGAGAAAGAGCCUGAGGAAUCUGGUGAAGAACCAUUAUCUGAAGUUGAAAAAGAGCCUUACGAACCGGAAGAAAAUGAUGAUGGGGUCCCUAAACUGCGCAGAUCUCAAAGGAUUCAGAAUCAGCGCAGGGCCAAAUUGAUGAUGCGACUACGAGCAAAGAAGCAUGAGGGAAAGACUCCGACCAAUAGCAGUGUGAAAGAUCGAAAUAAAGAGAAAGAAAGCAGUGAUAGUGGUAAAACAUCGAAGACGCAGUCUAAGAUCGUUGCUACUCUGGACAAUAAACAAGACAAGGGUAACACAACUGUGGAGACUCAGCCACUUGCGCCCGCAAGGCCAAACUUCGGUAAACCCUUAGGAUCGCUCAAGAUGUUAAGUGGAUUGAAAGCGGCAUUAGAAGCCACAGCCAACAUGGAGCAAGGAUAUGGAGGGUAUCACGAUGGUAAUCUUCAAUGUGGUGUAGCUGACGAGCGAAUACAUACGAACUGGUCAGGUUUAGCUGGCGACGAGUCUUCAUUGAAAGAAAGGUCAGAAGGUGGCAUCAAUACGCACUUUCCUCCUACAAAUGAUCGUACAGGUACCACACAAGCUGAUAUGACCCUACAUCGUUCUCGAAUUCCUUCUAUAAGCAUCGUUUAUCCCGCACCAUCGGUCCUCCACUGUGAAGGUCGAGCGGCUGCUGAUUGCGACUCUCUUUACUCUGAGAACGGCUAUAUGGGGAACAUGGAACUGUACUCGAUGAAUGAUGCGUUAUACAAUGGACAGCGUGUAACAAUGAAUAAGUUAAAAUUUGCAGCUGACGUUGAUGUGAGCCAGUCUGAACCUAAUUCCACAAGCUACUCAAGUGGCUAUUCAAGUUGCGACAGCUCGUCAAGCCCUUGCAAUAUAGUCAACGAGUCUUCACUCAACUCAACGCAGGAUAGUUCUGAGAGUUAUGAACAAAUUCAUCCUCUGGACGGCCCGUAUUUUGAAACGAAUCCUCAAAAGGGCAAAAGGGCAUUCGUUGAAGAUCUCUCUUAUAGUAACACUCAAUACGAGAGAAAGAAGCAUGCACGUAUUGAAGUGGCGAGAGCGAGACUGCGCGAUCCUUUUGAGCAUAUUAAAAAUGAAAUGUACAGUAUGUAUGUUUUAAACGCAGAGAAUCGUGAAGAGCUGGACGAUCGCUGUGACACACUGAAAACAAGUCUGGAGACGGCUGUCGCUACUAUGUCGGGGGAGUGUUCGAGAAAAAAAGUUUCCAGCGAAAUGUGGUGCGGAAGGAAUGGCGGAGGACCACCACAGGAAAGCAAGCAAUGUCAUGGUGUGGAAAGUCAUAUGUGUGAACAAAUGAAAAGUAUUGUUGCGAGGACACGAUUUUUCUUCCAUUUAUUCGCCAAGGAAUUCAGAAAAUUGAGUAAAAACUCCAACGCUUCUUUCCGCGACCCCGACUACUUGACUGCUCAUGCCACUGGGAUCAGUGUCGCUAACAGAAUUGGACUACCGAAUAGUGACGGCAAAACUAUCGUUGCCCCAAAACAACGCAAGCUGUUUUACAUCACAGCCAACAAUGAUGAUUCUGCCAUCAAAAAGAAAAAGGAUUGUCGUGUGAAGUUUUCGUUAGCAUCUUCCAGAACAGCACAGAUCAUAAAGAAAAACGACGUCAGUGAAGAGUCUGCUGAGCAUCAAGUAUUCCUCGUAAUAAACAAAUCGGAAAAGGUUGCCGGCGCUCCAGCUGAAAGACGGUGGUCGUCAAGGAUCGAGAAUCAGCCGAAGGUUUUUUAUGGUGUCAUACCACGAAACAACAAGAAGGUCAAAGUGGAAAAACUCAAGCAAGAUGAUCUGAUCAAUAAGCAAGUUGAGUGUGUGCAAGAAUGUGUACCUUCACAGCCUUCGUCACCGCGCCGUGCAUCACAAAGGAGUCGAUGUCCUCGUCGUGCUUUCUCACCAUCUCACAAGCCGGGAUAUGGAUCAUUGACAAUUGUUCCCGUUUGCCGAUUCAGAUUCAUUUGGAAGAAAAAUUCAGAUCAUUCCGAUGUACUUAUCGAAUUAAAAGGCCUGAAGACGUCAUUUGAAGAGAAACCUGUAGAUUUUUAUAUGUAA